AUGACCAGGUCCGGCCAGUAUGUGGUGGCGGCCACUCAGGAUGAAACCCCGGCUAAGGCCGCGGCUAAUGGGAAGUUGCCGGAGUCCGUCUCCUCCUCCGAGGAGACGAUGCAGCUGAAGAAGGAAAUCUCGCUGCUCAACGGCGUCUGCUUGAUUGUGGGCAACAUGAUCGGCUCGGGCAUCUUCGUCUCGCCCAAGGGGGUCCUGGCCUACAGCGCGUCGUACGGACUCUCCCUCGUCAUCUGGGGCGUGGGGGGCCUUUUCUCCGUCUUCGGGGCCCUCUGCUACGCCGAGCUGGGCACCACCAUCAAAAAGUCGGGGGCCAGCUACGCCUACAUCUUGGAGGCCUUCGGGCAGCUGCCGGCGUUCAUCCGCCUGUGGACCUCCCUGCUCAUCAUAGAGCCCACCAGCCAGGCCAUCAUCGCCAUCACUUUCGCCAACUACUUGGUCCAACCCUUUUUCCCGUCCUGCGAGGCGCCCUACCUGGCCGGCCGUCUCCUGGCCGCGGUCUGCAUCUGCUUCUUGACUUUUGUGAACUGUGCCUACGUGAAGUGGGGAACCCGAGUCCAGGACCUGUCCACCUACGCCAAGGUGCUAGCCCUCAUUGUUGUGAUCAUUGCAGGCAUCGUCCGCAUUGCACAAGGACAUUCCGAGAAUUUGGCCGACGCGUUCGAGGGAUCGGCCUGGGACGUGGGCAACAUCGCGCUGGCUCUGUACUCCGCCCUCUUCUCCUACUCGGGAUGGGACACCCUUAAUUUUGUCACGGAGGAGAUCAAGAACCCCGAAAGGAACCUUCCCCUCUCCAUUGGCAUAUCCAUGCCAAUCGUCACGGUGAUCUACAUCAUGACCAACGUGGCCUACUACGCGGUCCUGAGCAAGACGGAGAUCCUUUCGAGCGAUGCGGUGGCUGUGACUUUCGGUGAUCAGGUUUUUGGAGUGAUGAGUUGGACCAUCCCCCUUGCUGUGGCUCUAUCCUGCUUUGGAGGCCUUAAUGCUUCCAUUCUGGCUGCUUCCAGAUUGUUUUUCGUCGGCUCCCGGGAAGGACACCUGCCAGAUGCCAUCUGCAUGAUCCACGUGGAACGGUUCACCCCUGUGCCAGCCCUGCUUUUUAACGGAGCCAUGGCUCUGAUUUAUCUUUGCGUGGAAGACAUCUUUCAACUCAUCAACUACUACAGCUUCAGUUACUGGUUCUUUGUGGGCCUGUCCAUCGCCGGGCAACUGUACCUUCGCUGGAAGGAACCUUCUAGAGAACGUCCACUCAAGUUGACGAUCGUUUUCCCCAUCAUUUUUUGCCUCUGCACCAUCUUCCUGGUGGCAGUACCGCUCUAUACCGACCCCAUCAAUUCGGCCAUCGGCAUUGCCAUAGCGGCCUCUGGACUUCCGGUCUACUUCCUGGUGGUGAGGGUCCCAGACCAGAAAAGGCCGAACUGCUUACGGCGAGUGACGGCCCGCGUGACCCGCCUUAUCCAGUUAGUGUCCCUGUCUGUCCUGACCGAGAUGGAUCCCGAAAUCAAGUCUCAGUGACGACGACCAUCCGAGA